AUGAAGAGCUUUCAACUGUUUGGAAGAUCCAAAUAUUUUUCUUUAACUAGUUCUUCCAUUGUAUCAUCAGUAGAAUCUUCGGAAGAAAGUUUUCCUACAAUUAUACAUAAUGAAGGGUCUUUCGAUAGUAACCAAAAUCAUCGAAAUAAUAAUAAUAAUGAUAUAUCAGGAUUGAAUACUACAAUUACAUUACUUUCACUUCCAGAUAAGAUUUUAUGUAAAAUUUUAGUCGAGUUGGAUCUCUCUACCUUAUUGAAAUUGUGUCAUUUAAAUUCAAGGUUGUAUGGUAUAAUAUCUAACAAAUUUCUGUUCAAUCAUCCGAGAAGAAAUAUUAAAUUAUUCGAUAAGAUGGCACUUUUGAAAUUUAAUGCUUUGAUUCAUGCAGAAUUUAAAACUGCCAAUAUGCUUCGUGGUUAUAAAAAUUAUACAAACAAGAUUGCAAGGUUCCUGGUGACAACCAUUGAAUUUGUUAAUCCACAAUGUCAGGAUUCUCUUUUAAAAUAUUCCAGAUUUUAUAAUAAACAAGAUCACUCAUCAUUGAUUGGUGGUUCAUUUAAUCUAAAUUCCAUAACUUCCUCGCCUAGUUCUAUAACCAAUUCAUAUCAUCGUACAAAUAAUACUCAGUCAAUCUCAAAAAAUAAAAAGGCAAGCAAAACAAUUGAUCUUUUGGACAAACUGGAAAUCAAAUAUUCACACUACACAUAUAUCGAAUUGAUGUUGGAUAUUAUUGAUUAUUUGCCUAAUCUAAUGCAUGUUAAAUUGACUCAAAUAGACAAAAAUUUUAAGAUUCCAUUAUGGUAUUCUGUAUUUAAUGAUGGUUCUAAAGAGUUUAUGAAAAAAAUUAUAAGAGGUCAACAAUCUAUCACGAUUGAUGAUUUGAGGACUUUUCAAAUAUCAGAUUCUUUUGCAAAACAAUAUGAAUGUCAAUUUUAUAGUCUUCAGAGGAUAAAAAAACUAGAAUUACAGGGUGCACUUGAAAAUGGAACUGAUGUUACUGUACCGUUAAGAAGUAAUUUGUUAUGUUGUUUUGGGAUUAUUACUGAAUUGAUCUUAGAGAAUUUAGUAAUUGAUAAACUUUCAUUGGACACUCCAAUGGAAUUUUUACCCUUAUAUUUAAGAAAGGAAACCAAGAUAAAUAACAGUACUGCCAAUAAUUAUUCUGACAGUGGAAGUAAUUAUAGGGAUAAUCGAUCUGUUCAUCAUAAGAUGAAGCAUAGACAACAAUGUAUGGAAUCAUUAUCGUAUACAGUUAAUUCAACAUAUACUGCGCUCACAUUAAAAUCGUGUAAUAUUAUAGCAGGUAAUGGUAUUUUACGUUUAUUUCAGUCUUAUUUUAAGGGUGUGAAACGACUCUCCUUGUUUAAUUUGUUAUCUAAGUAUGAUCUUUUAAUUGUGAACUGUUUCCCUAGUUUAACAGAUUUAACUAUUGAUUGUAACAGUAAAUGUUUUAUUGAUGAGAUGUAUGUUCCUGAAGAGUAUUAUUAUGAUCAAAGGAAUGUUCCUGUGGAUCCAUAUAAUGAAAGUUCAUUAUAUUCCGAUUGUAUAUCGAUGACAGAGACUUUAUUGGAUGAUCCAGGUGAAUCCAUCUUACAAUCGCCGCCACCUACUUCAUUUGUAGUUAUGUCAUUGAAUUUAAAUUACAUUAAUAGAACCAUUACAGACAUUCAAAAUAAUAAAAGAAAGCCUUCCAUGUUAACCAGAGAACAAGGUCAGUUUUUCCAAUCAAUUAGAGUUCCAGCAUUUCAUUGUUUUUUUCAUUAUUAUAAGAACUUAUGGGAUAGAUUACCAUAUAAGUCUAUCAACAUUAAUAUCAUUAAUAUUCCAUUUACUAAUGUUUUCCCCCUGUCUCCUAGAAAAUUUAUUGAAAAUAUGUUACAGCAUAGUGAUAAUAUUCCCAAUUAUUGUCUAGACAAUGAAGAUAUCCAUUACCAUUCCGUUGACCAAGAGACUUUAAUAGCAUUCAGAAACAAUCAUGAAGCUCCAGAUUACUACUGGAAUAGUAAUAUAAAACAAUGUAUUAGUGAUAUUUUAGAUAGGAUAAGAGGGGUACCUACAGAACAGAUCGAGUCUAUAGUGGCUAAUAUAGAUACUGAUUUGUUCAAUAAUUAUCAAAAUUACAAAUACUUUAAAGAUAUUCCAAAUUUGAACUUAUAUUAUUUUCUUCAGUCAUUGUCUAAAUUUAAGUCUGUAAAGAUUCAAAUGUUAAGAAAAUUUGUAAAUUGCACAGUUAGAACACGUUAUGAUUGGGAGUUAUUAUUAGACCCAUUGUUAAAUGUUAAUGUUCCGAUCGAAGUGACUGAUAAAGAUGGAAUCAAAUUGUAUUCAUAUGGUGUAAAACAAUAA